UCUCUAUUGACGCAAAAUUACGUUCCUUACUUUUCUGUUUAUCAAAAUAUAGACAAAAAUUUGAACUUUUUGAAUGGAUGACAUAGUGAUUGGCAUAGAUCUGGGUACUACAAAUUCGUGUGUUUCUGUUUAUACAAAAGGCAGACUACGAAUCUUAGAGAACGAAAGAGGAGAAAGAGUUACACCGUCUUUCAUCUACUUUCAGCCACAAGGUGGUGUCGCUUUUGGGGUACAGGCAAAAUCUAUGUCAGUCAAUAAACCAAAAAACGGAAUUUUCGAAGUGAAACGGCUUAUAGGUAGAAAGUUUGACGACACAUACAAUAAAAAAUUUCGGAACUAUUUUCCAUUUGUAAUAUCUUCAGGCGUCUCUAACCACCUAGUGAUUUCUUUCGAGCAGAAUAAUACAAAAAUCGAAAAAACACCACAAGAAUUGUGUUCACUUAUCCUCCAGGAAUUAAAAAAGUAUGCUGAAGCAAAGCUGAAUCACAACGUAAACAAAGUAGUGAUAACUGUUCCGGCUUCGUUCAACGUUACACAACGAGAAGUCACUUUAGCAGCAGCUAAAGAUGCCGGGUUCACUGUGCUCAAGCUUCUAAAUGAACCAACAGCAGCGGCUUUGGCUUACUACUUCGAUAACGACAUUGCCGAAAACCAUAUUUCUUUAGUUUAUGAUUUAGGGGGUGGAACUUUUGACGUUGCGAUUCUUCAAAAAAAAACUGAUAACGUAGCAGUACUAUGCGUGGGUGGAGACACACAACUAGGGGGUCAAGAUUUGGAUAACUGCAUUUUAGAUUAUAUUUUCGAGAUUUUACGCAAGGAUUAUGAUUACGAUGCGAAAGUGGAUCCAGAUGAUAAAAGAAGAUUGCGUAUUAAGUGCGAAGAAGCCAAGAAAAAAUUGUCAUUGGUUAAUGAAGCAGUGAUAACAAUAAACGGAAUGGUGGUUAAACAUCGCAGAAUUAUUAUUACACUAACGAGGACCCUCUUUGAAGAGAAAGCAAGCAAGUUAUUCAAAAAAACUAUCGACAUCCUUCAUAACUGUUUAAUCGAUUCAAAAAUUUCCAAGCAAUUGAUUCAGGAGGUAAUCUUGUGUGGUGGCUCGACCCGAAUACCCAAAAUACAAGAAAUGAUUUCAGAGUAUUUCGGAGGUAAAGAUUUAAAUAUGUUUGUAAAUCCUGACGAGUGUGUAGCUGAAGGUGCAGCUUUGCAAGCUGCUAUGCUAUCAACUAGUAAAAAACAGAAUAUUGAACAACUGGAAAUGGUCGACGUUGUUCCUCUUUCGUUAGGUUUUGGUAGGCUCGGAAGUGAAAUGGUUGUAAUAAUUCGUAGAAAUACUAAGGUACCGACUAAAGGAUUUCACGUAUUUGUAAACAAAGAAGAAGACGAAACCUCGUUUUCUGUUGGAAUAUAUGAAGGAGAGCGUCCAGAUGUAAGGAAAAAUCGUUACUUAGGAAAAUUAUCUAUUGAUGGCUUAACAGCGGCACCACCUGGACAACGACGUGUAACUUUUAGCCUGAAUAUUGAUUCCAAUGGAAUACUAACAGCUAAAGCGAAAGAAAGAUUAUCUAAUAGCGUUAAAGAAAUGAAGGUGAAUUACACUAGAGGUGACAAGAGUGAACUAGAAAUUCAAAACUCAUUACUGGAUGCAGCAGAAAACAAAGAGGCAGACAUAAAGUUCACAAAUUUUGUUAGAACUAAACAAUAUUUAAUUCGGUAUUUAACACGUUUCUUGUAUAACCUUGAUAAAAUGAACUUGGAUUAUCAAUCAAUUCAAAAAUUUUGCGAACAAACAAAAAAGGACUUAAUUAAUAUGGAAGUUGAGCAAGAAGAAAGUGUAAAAAAUCUUCAUGAAGAAGUAGAAGCGAAAUGUUAUUUAAUUGCCGAAAAUUAUAAGUUUGAAUACAUGCCUAAAAAACAAUUAUGUCGCCUAAUCUAAGAAAG